AUGGUCGAAAAGUAUCCCUUCAUCUCUCAAGUCUAUGCAGUCGCACGACGAAUCUCAGCCGAAGAGGACAAAGUAUACCACCGUCUCCUCGAGGACAGCGACAUAAGGGACAGCCAAGGUCGCGCCGACAUGCUCAGGGUCCUGAAGUUUAUGGAAAGCUUUUGGACUGAGACGCACAAAGCCUUGGAUGUUGUGGUUCAAGCACAUCGCCCAGAUCUCAUAUUCGGCGAUGUCCUAGAUUUCCAGGCUUGCAAAGAUGUUGCGGACAAGUACUCAAUUCCCCUCGCAACCAUGCAUCCUCAGAUCCCUUUCAACCUGGAAGCCCCGGGAUACAUGCCUGGCCUCCCUGGGUUUCAGCAGAAGUGUCUUACCAGUGAGCACGCGUCGAUCUGGGAUCGUCUCCAAGAGCAGGUCUUUGCUGUAAAGAUGCUGUUCUCGAUCCGCCAUCACAUCGCCUGGCGCAGGCGUAUGCGCCGUGAAGCCGGUAUGCCUGCUGCAGGCCUGGUACGGAAGCCAAGUCACUUGCACUUGGUCAAUGCCUUCUUUGGCCUGGACGUCCCCAGGCCAUUGCCGCCGUUGGUGGUGCCUGUUGGCCCAGUUAUCCAGGAACAUUAUCCUCCCUUGGACCCUGACACGGCCAGUUUCCUCGAGUCGCAUCAGAGAGUAGUCUACAUCGCCUUCGGAACCCAUGUGACCAUGGGUGGUGAACGCUUCAUCAACAUCGUCCGAGGCGUUCAGUUGGCGUUGGCGGCCGGCCAUAUCGACGGGGUCCUGUGGGCCCUCAAGAUCGCCGAGAGUGCCACCACUUCCGCCUUCGAUCCUGACAUAUGCGACAUCUUGCAAGGCCGUAAUCCAAGAUGGCGUCUCUUGCCUUGGGCCCCUCAGCGGGCUAUACUUGACCAUACCUCCAUCGUGGCUUUUGUAUCUCACUGCGGAGCGAGCUCGGUGUAUGAAAGCGUCUUCCAUGGUGUGCCUGUCCUUGGAAUGCCGAUCUUCAAUGAUCAGUUCAAGCAAGCAAAGUGCCUUCGCGAAGCCGGAGUAGGGCUCGUUCUUGACAAGAACAAUUUCACUCCUCUUGAACUAUCGACGAAGCUGGCUGCCCUUGUCGCUGACCCGACUGGCACAGUGAAAAGAAACUGCCUGCGGAUGAAGAGAAUCGCAGCUAUCCAGAUCAAGAAGAAGUCCCUUGCUGUCGAUCUCAUUGAGGAGGUGAUAUACGACCAUGAACUGAGGUUCGACUGGAGUGAACAUGAUCCUGAAUGGGAUGUGAACGCCCCAAAGAUUACCGCCACUGGCCAGAGGGCCAAGCGUGUGCUUAGACCUGCGCAUCUCGAAACAGCUGACGCGAGGAUGUCAUUUUGGAAAGCCCAGAACUACGAUUUGCUCUUGGUCUAUGCACUUGUACUCCUCUCUCCAGCGGUGAUUGCGGGGACUGCGUGGAAAGUACUUUCACGUACGAAUUGA